CUUUUGGUGAGUUUUGUAGAAGGCUUUUUUGUGCUGUCCAGCAGCGAACUCUAGUGGUCGCCUCGCGACAUGGUUUUUUGUUUUUCUAGCCAAUUCAAUAUGGCUGCACGACGUCUCUGGCUGAAGUCUAAGUUGCAACGUUGUGCUCACAUGAUCCUUGGACAAGAUUUGUCCUUUUACGACGGUCCGGAGAGGACAAUGGUUUAAGGCCAUUCCAUUAAUAAAUCAGAUAAAACCAAAGGAAGAAGUCUGUUUAUUAAAGCGUCGUUCACUAGCCGUCUAGCUUGGAAAAAAGUAGACGCUUCCGAGUGAGGACAGCAUAGUAAAAGGACAUCAGCGCGGCGGGAUCAACUACGACGCAACACACAACAAUGAGCCUACGGUCAGAAAAACACCUGGAUUCUACAGACGAAGGAGCAACGCCAAGGCAACAACAAAGACAAGUGGAAAACAGAGACUAUGCAGACAAUACAGAGAACAUGGAUAACGCAAGCAAUGCAGACUCACGGGUCAGGUCUAUACGCACGCAUACAUCCAAGAGUUCAUCUACUAGUUCAUCUACUAGUUCUGCAGCACUAAAGGCGCGAGCAAAAGCAGUAGCCGCACGUGCACAGUUGGCAUAUUCAGAAAAAGAAGCUACCAUGAUGAAGCAAAAAUCUGAGCUUGAAGCCAAUCUACACGUCUUAAGUUGUCAAAAGGCAGUUGCAGCCGCAGAAGCAGAGGCUGCUGUUUAUGAAGAAGAAGAAAGUUUCACAAAAUCUGAAGUAAGACAUUCAAUUGUAGGACAACCUGCCAAUCCAAUGCAACGUACAGCAGAGUUUGUUCAAAGCCAUCCAGACAGCUACUAUGAAAGAUUUUUAUCGAAAAUGGAUCCACUCGCCAGCCACAAAGCAGCACGUGAGCAAUGUGAAAUGGCGAUGAACACAGAAAUAGAUGAGAGAAAUUUUUACAGUGAGAAAAAACCUGACAUCAAAGUGGAGCAGCAAACACAAGAGAGAGAAGAACGCAGUCCACCCAAACUGUACCCGUAUGACACUCUUCCAACCCCGGCAGAGACGCAGGGAAAACAGGACAUCACAUGUUACCUGAGACGGAGAGAAAUGUUGAGUACUGGACUUUUACAGUUUGAUGAUCUCCCAGAGAACUACUGGGCAUGGAAGGCGUCAUUCCAAAAUGCCAUUAAGGACUUGAGAUUAACAGCCCAAGAAGAAAUAGAUUUAAUGAUAAAGUGGCUUGGAAAUGAGUCUCGCCAGCAAGCUAAAAGAAUCCGAUCAGUUCAUGUCUUCAAUCCAACAGCUGCACUUCAUCUUUUGUGGGAACGACUGGAGGAAUGCUACGGGUCACCUGAAGUCAUGGAAAAUGCAUUGCUAAAAAAGAUUGAACAGUUUCCCAAACUUAACAACAGGGACAACACAAAGUUACGAGAGCUAGGUGACAUUCUACAAGAAAUUGAAUGUGCCAAGGACGGAGGAUACUUACCAGGCCUAUCGUAUUUGGACACGUCUCGAGGAGUCAACCCCAUCGUGGACAAGCUACCUUACGGGCUUCAGGACAAGUGGAUCGCUACAGGAGCGAAGUACAAAGAAGAACACAAAGUCGUCUUUCCACCUUUUAGUGUCUUUUCAAAAUUUGUGAGACAACAAGCAAAAAUAAGAAAUGACCCAAGCUUCGUCAUCACAUCUCCUAUCAACACAAGCUUCAAAAAGGAAAAAAGCUUCAAAAGUGAUAACAGGCGAGUGGUUUCCGUGCACAAAACAGACAUUCCAACUGACACCAGUACAGCUCAAAAAUGUUUUAGUAAGCCAGCAGAAAGUCCGGACAAGCUAUGUCCAUUACAUAAGAAACCUCACCCGCUUACAAAGUGCAAAACCUUUAGAGCCAAGCCCAUUGAUGAACGCAAGUCAUUCUUGAAAGACAACAGAAUUUGUUUUAAAUGUUGUAGCUCAACUCAGCAUUUAGCGAAAGACUGUAAUAUGCAAAUUAGGUGCAUGGAAUGUGGCAGCGAAAGACAUUUGACAGCGCUACAUCCAGGUCCACUUCCUGCUCCAGCGGAAAGUUCUGAAGUUGAGAAAGGUGAUGGCGGGGAGACACACGAAGAUGUAAGUGUCUCAGUUGUUUCUAAAUGCACUGAAGUAUGUGGUGAUGCAAACAGCACACUUUCAUGCUCAAAAAUAAGCCCUGUAAUAGUGUACCCAAAGGGUGAGCGAGAUCAAGCAGUAAAGCUAUAUGCUGUACUUGAUGAACAAAGCAACAAGUCGCUUGUCAAGUCUCAGUUUUUCGAGCUCUUCAACAUAGAGACACGCUCGGACACUUAUAAGCUUAGAACAUGCUCAGGCCUGUCAGAUAAUGUCGGCAGAACAGCAUCAAACUUCAUGAUUGAGUCAGUGGAUGGUAGAGUAAAGCUCCCACUCCCAAACCUAAUUGAAUGUGACAUGAUUCCUGACGAUAGAAGAGAGAUCCCAUCUUCACAGGUUGCUAUGCAGUACCCUCACCUGCAAAGGAUAGCAAACAAAAUACCUCCGGUAGAAGAAAAAGUACCAAUCCUAUUGCUCUUGGGACGUGACAUUAUCCAGUUACACAAAGUUCGAGAGAGGAUUAAUGGACCGCGUAGUACCCCCUAUGCACAACGUUUAGACUUGGGUUGGGUUAUAGUUGGUGAAACCUGCCUGGGUAAGACGCACAAACCUCCAAACGUGAACGUCCUCAAAACGAACGUUCUUCAGAAUGGCCGUGCUUCUUACUUCAGCCCAUGUCCUAACACCUUUCAAAUCAAAGAGUCGAAUGGUUUUAGUAGCCAGUCAAACACUAAACCAACUUCCCAAAACGAACGUAAAAAUACAAACACGGAUCAGCUGGGACAAACUGUUUUUGAGAGAACCAAAGAUGACGACAAACCGGCACUCUCAAUAGAAGACAAAUAUUUUCUUGACAUUAUGGAAAAAGAAGUAUAUCAAAAUGAAGAUAACAGCUGGGUGGCGCCAUUGCCAUUCCAAUCUCCAAGACCAAAGCUUCCAAGUAACAAGGAGCAAGCACUCAAACGUCUCCAGUCACUCAGAAAAACACUGGACCGAAAUCCUGAAAUGAAAAAACAAUACAUGGAGUUUAUUCAAAACAUGCUGGACAACGACCAUGCGGAGAUCGCUCCAAUUUUGGACUCAAACAAAGAACAUUGGUACUUACCAUCAUUUGGUGUGUAUCAUCCUCAAAAACCUAACCAAUUAAGGGUAGUUUUUGAUUCAAGUGCAGAGUUCGAAGGUCAGUCACUUAACAAAGUGUUACUAAGUGGACCGGACUUGAACAACACGCUACUAGGCGUUCUUAUGCGUUUUAGAAAAGAGUCUGUAGCAUUUUCUGCUGAUGUGCAACAAAUGUUUUAUUGCUUUCAAGUCAGAGAAGAUCAUAGGGAUUAUUUAAGAUUCCUUUGGUAUGAGAAUAAUGACAUGAGUAAAAGUGUUUGUGAUUAUAGAAUGAAGGUCCAUGUUUUUGGAAAUAGUCCGUCUCCAGCUGUGGCUAUUUAUUGCAUGAGGCGCGCUGCAGUCGAGGGAGAGGAGGAGCAUGGACUGGAUGCAAAACAGUUUGUAAUGAGACAUUUUUAUGUUGAUGAUGGCCUUGCGUCUACAGCAAGCUCAGAAGAAGCUGUUGAAAUACUGACAAAUGCACAAAACAUGUUGGCCCAGUCAAAUUUAAAGCUGCACAAAAUAGCCUUCAACGACAGCAAAGUAGUUGAAGCAUUUCCUGUCGCCGAGAGAGCGAAGGAUCUAAAAGACUUGGAUUUAGAAUUUGACAACAUACCCUUACAAAGAAGUUUAGGGGUGUUGUGGGAUCUUGAAAAUGACUGUUUUACUUUUCAUGUCAACACUGAUCAAAAGCCAUAUACUAGAAGAGGUGUUUUGGCUACAAUUAACAGUUUGUAUGAUCCGCUAGGAUUCGUGUCUCCCAUAACAAUGCAGGGAAAAGCUCUUCUACGUGAACUGUCAGCAGAGCAAAAGGACUGGGAUGAACCACUUCCCAUUGAAAGAGAAGAGGAGUGGAACAAAUGGAGAACCUCGUUGAAGCACCUCGAGCAGCUACAGAUACCAAGGUGCUACCUACCUUUUUCUCAGACCACUGCUGUGAGGAAAGAACUGUGCAUAUUCUCAGAUGCCUCCACCAUGGCCAUAGGAGCAGUAGCGUAUCUGAGAGCGCUCAACACUGAAGGUCAGUGGCACACAGGUUUCAUCAUGGGAAAGUCCAAAGUGGCCCCCCGACCUGCUCACACUAUCCCUAGGUUGGAACUGUGCGCAGCAGUAUUGGCUGUAGAAAUGUAUGAACUCAUUACAGAUGAGAUUGACAUUGAAGUGGACAUUGUCAGAUUUUUUACAGACAGCAAAAUCGUCCUAGGUUACAUACAUAACAACACAAAGAGAUUUUACACGUACGUAGCAAACAGAGUGAACAGGAUUAGAAAAACCACACAUCCUGCACAAUGGUUUUACAUUAACACAGAUGACAAUCCAGCAGACAAGGCCACAAGAUCAAUUGCAGCUCCUGCAUUGACUUAUACAAACUGGUUUAGUGGUCCUUCCUUUUUGACACAGCCGAGUACAGACACGUCACACUGUGACACAUUUGCUCUCAUCGAACCUGACGCAGAUGCAGAGAUUAAACCUGAAAUCAAGACAUUUGUUACUCAAGCUUCAGUAACACAGUUCGAGUCACGUCGUUUUGAAAGAUUUUCUCAUUGGAUGAGAUUAUGCCACACUGUUGCAUCAUUAAAACGUGUAACAGCAUCUUUCAAGAAAACAAACUCAGAAAGUAAAGGCUGGAAGUGUUUCAGUGUAACUAACACCCCAAAUGAGCUCGAGAAAGCAGCGAAAUUCAUCAUUCACACAGUUCAGACUGAAACAUUCAAAGAAGAGUACAGGUGCAUAAAAGCAAACAAGCCACUUCCAAACCUAAGCUGUCUCAAAAAGUUAAAUCCAAUCAUCGAUGAAGAUGGGCUCCUCAGAAUAGGAGGACGCUUGGCACCUGCAAAUUUGACAAAAGAGGAAAAACAUCCACUCAUCAUCCCAAAUGCUCACCAUGUAGCCGUCCUUCUUAUCAGAUACUAUCAUGAGAAGGUAGCACAUCAGGGACGCCACCUAUCAGAGGGUGCGCUCAGAGCAGCUGGAUUUUGGAUCAAAGGCAGUAAAAGACUCGUCUCUUCUGUAAUUCACAAGUGUGUUCUCUGUCGAAAGCUUAGAGGACAACUACAGACACAAAAGAUGGCGGAUUUACCCAUUGACAGACUUACACCUAUGCCCCCAUUCACCAGCGUAGGACUGGACGUUUUUGGCCCCUGGUCAGUCAUCACACGUCGCACCAGAGGAGGAAGUGCAGACAGUAAACGCUGGGCUGUACUUUUCACCUGUAUGUCCACAAGAGCUGUGCACAUUGAACUCAUAGAAUCAAUGUCAACAUCCAGCUUCAUUAACGCAUUAAGAAGAUUUUUCAGCAUCCGUGGACCAGCUCAAAUACUUCGUUCGGACAGAGGUACCAACUUUGUUGGCGCAUGCAACGAACUCAAAAUUGAUCACAAAGACACAGAACUGACCUCCUACCUACAGGAGAAAGGAUGUACAUGGCUUUUCAACUCCCCACACUCCUCACAUAUGGGAGGGACUCAUCGGAGUCGCACGACGAAUCCUGGAUGGAAUUCUUUUAAAAGCCACAAAUGUCCAACUCACUCAUGA